AUGCCUACCGUACGAAUACCUCUGAAGAAGCCCGUCCCGCGCCAGCAGGUCUACAAACACCUCGAGGCGGCCCAGUCCACCUCGACGACGAGAAUACCCCUCCCGAGACCCGCGCGACCUCUCCAUGUCUACCGCCACCUCCUCCGAGCCACCACAUACUUCCCUCUUGUCUGUCGAACAUACCUGGAAGGCCGCGUAAAGUCGGGCUUCCGCCGAGAGCAAGCAAGAGCCAGGACGGCAGAGACACACCUCGCCUCCACCAGAUCCAGAGAGGCCCGCGAGGAAGAAAACUUUCACCGGACCAAGGCCCUCGAAGAAGGGAAACGGAAACUGUCCGUCCUCAAUACCGCACUCGCAGGUGACCUCGUCCGCUUCCGCCGCGUCCUGUGGCAUGUCUUUGGCAGACUCGGCAAACGACGCCGCGAGCUGAUGGCCGCCUUCGUCCAGAAGGAGCCCGAUGCGCCCUUGAACUCCCAACAGCUCGAGGAGAAACUCGCCCAGAUGGAGAAGGACAGCCGAAAGAAGGCCGAGCUACUGAAACUGCCACCCAACAAACGCGUCUAUGACAGGACCGACCCUACUCCCUGGGUGAACCAGAAACUCAGCCCGAUCGAAGACAACUGGGACAUUGCCAAACUGAGCAAGUUCUUCGACUCUCAAAAAGACAUCCAGAAAAACCUCACCGCCUCCGCUUCCUGGCCUCGCAAAGAACUCCCCCACAGAUACAAUCCCCAGGCCAACGUGCCCGACAAGGACCAGUUCGGCAGGCCCACGCCGGCGCGGAGGGUCACCAAGCUGACGCGCCGCUGGUGGAAGGACGUGGCAGACAGGCUGAUGCCGCCGGUGGACAAGAGCGACUGGGACCUGCUGCAGUCUAUCGCAACCGGCGAUGCGCCUCGCCGCCUGUGGGGAAUGCCCCCACGAAGACCGAUUGCUCUCGGUGAACGUGUCGAAGUGAACUUCCCGUGGGCAGCUCAUGCCACCAUUCCCGUCCGCGACAUAGAGAAACCGCGGUCUCGAAAGUUCACCUGGCUCUCGGGUAAAAAGGACGACGGCCCUUUCUCGCAGACGGUGAGCAAAGAGCGCCAUGGCAGUCCCUACAGUGAUCGACAACUUCGAAGAGAGUUUCUGAAGAUGUGGGAGACGUCGUCAUAUGUAGCGCAACCACAAGCAGCAGCGGCAAAAGGCAAGCCGAACAAUUUUAUCUGGGGUACUCGGGAAGCUGUGUUGCCCGUGCCAUCUGCGGCGCAACAACUAAUCUUCGAGGGGGUUGACGCCAAGGGACAAUUGCCUCGAGCAAAAUAG